AUGUCACCCGAUACAUCCGACCUCGACCUCGGAACGCGGCCGGCGGUAUCCCUCAAUCGAGGAGAAGGGUAUAAAGAGCAACCUGAAACUCCGGACGAAGAGCCAUUCGGAGACGAAGAAGGCGCAGAGGUCAGGUACCGAACGUUGGAGUGGUGGUUUGUCAGCCCCGGUUCAGCAGAAGGCCGACAGAGUCGAUCUGACGUGGCAUGUGAACAGGAGAUGCGCGAUAGGGGCGUGAUACUGAUCGUCGGCAUUGCUAUCCUCACUGUUUACACCGGCUGCGUAAUGGGGCAAUUCAAGCAACGGUAUCCACAUGUUCAUAGCAUUGCGGAUGGGGGCGAGGUACUCUUUGGCUGGAUCGGGCGCGAGGUCCUGGGGACGGGGCUGCUGCUCUGCCUGGUGUUUGUGAUGGGAGGACACAUUCUAACCUUCACUGUCAUGAUGAACACACUGACCGACCAUGGCACAUGCAGUAUUGUUUUCGGGGUGGUGGGGCUGCUGAUUUCGCUUAUAUUGAGCUUGCCGCGGACGUUUAAGAGGAUGUCAUGGUUGUCAGUUAUUUCGUUUGCCAGUAUCGUUGCGGCAGUCUUGGUCACAAUGAUUGCGCUUGGUGUCCAGCGGCCGCCGAAUGUAAAGGUCGAGGUGACCAGGCCGACUAGUCUGUACAGAGCGUUUCUCGCAGUCACGGAUAUCGUGUUCGCUUAUGCCGCCCAUCCAGCCUUCUUUGGCUACAUUUCCGAGAUGAAAACUCCCACCGACUGGCCGAAGACGCUGUGUUUUGUUGAAGUCAUCAACACGACCUUGUACACAGUCACUGGGGUUGUUAUCUACCGGUUUGCUGGCCAACACGUUGCUUCACCGGCACUGGGCUCAUCCAGCCCUUUGAUGGCCAAGGUUGCGUAUGGAAUUGCGAUUCCAACGAUUGUGAUUGCCGGGGUGAUUAAUGGACACAUCGCCUGCAAGUACAUUUAUGUCCGCCUGUUCCGGGGUACCGAGCAUAUGCACCAGCGCAGUCUGUUUGCGAUAGGGACUUGGGUGGCAAUCUCGGUGGUGCUGUGGACGAUAGCCUGGGUCAUUGCAGAAGCAGUUCCUGAGUUCAAUAACCUGCUGAGCCUGGUCUUGGUUUUCGUGUGCGUAUCCUUUUGA